UUAUGUAAACCAUUAUAUGUUAUUUUUAAAUGUAUGAAAAAAAUUUAAUGGUUUUGUUAUUGUAAAAUGACACAUUUGCUGUUAAAAUUUCAAAUAGUACUGAAGAGUUUCAAGUGAAACACACAUGUCAAAAUCAUCAAGAGUAACAGUUACUUGUGUGUCCUUGCAAACUUGUUCCAUGCUUAUAUAAGCACCUGUGUGCGUUUGAUGCACAAAUGAGAUGAUACAAUACAUGCUGGUCCAUUCCUUGCCCAUUUUUUUUUUCAAUUUACUAAUAACUCUGCAGUUUUCUCAUUUCUACUCAAAGAGAUCUCCUUCAUUCUUCUUAAUGGCUGCGUAUCAUCCCCUUGUGUGGAUGCAUCAUGAUGUGUGGAACCCAUCCCUUGUUAAUGGACAUUUAGGUAAAAUAAAAAGUCUAGCACCACACUAUCCAAUAGAAAUAUAACGUGGGCCACAAAAUGCCAGCCACUUACAGAAUUUUGAAUUUCACUGUAGUAGCUACAUUCCCCUCCCCAGCUGAUUUGAAAUGCCACCUUUAUUAUACCCUAAAUGCUCAUAUAUACAUAAGUUUAUUUUGGACUGUCUAUUUUAUUUCAUUCAUCUAUUUGCCAAUUUUGGUACCAGUAUCCCCACUUCUAGUAGUCACAUUGAAAAAGUAAAAAGAAAAAGGUGAAAUUAAUUUUGACAAUAUAUUUUAUAUACUCCAGUAUAUCAAAAAUAGUGUCUUACAAUGUAAUCAAUAUUAAGAAUUAUUAAUGAGAUACUUUAUAUUCUUUGUUUCAUAUUUAGUCUUUGAAAUCUGGUGUACGUUUUACACAUCCAGCACAUUUCAAUUCAGACUGCCAAUUUCAAGAGCUUAAGAGCCACAUGUGGCUUCUGGCUACUGUAUUGGACAGUGGAGGUUGAGCAGGCAGAGGUUCAAAAUGUCACCUGAGCUGUGUGUCUCUGUGGUUGGUAGUAAUGGAUUAGAAUGUCAGACAUUGAGGACGAAAACUUCAACUUCACCACUCGGGGCAACUCAUGAAGCUUCCCAGGGCCUUCGUUUGUGGACUCCAAUAAACUCAUUGUAUGCUGGUUGAGUGCAGACCAGAACAGCUGAGCCAAGUACAGUCAGGCCUCGCUUCACAAUGGGGGUACAGUGUGAGAGAAAUGUGUCAUUAGGUGAUUUCCUCAUUGUGCAGACAUCGUAGAGUGUACUUAUACAAACCUAGAGAGUGUAGCUUGCUACACACCUUGGCUAUAUGGUACAGCUUAUGGCUCCGAGGCUACAAAGCCAUACAGCAUGUGACUUUGCUGAAUAUUACAGACAAUUGUAACACAAUAGUACUAUUUAUGUAUCUGAACAUACCUAAACAUAGAAAAGAUAGAGCAAAAAUAUGGUAUAAUCUAAUGGGGCCAUCGUCAUAUAUGCAGUCAUCGUAUAUGCAGUCCAUUAACCCAGGGGUCUCAACCCCUGGGCCACGGACCCAUAUCAGUCCAUGACCUGUUAGGAACUGGGCCACACAGCAGGAAGUGAGUGGCAGGCAAGCAACCAUUACCGCCUGAGCUCCACCUCCUGUCAGAUAAACAGCAGCAUUAGAUUCUCAUAGAAGCACGAACCCUAUUGUGAGCUGCACAUGUGAGGGAUCUCAGUUGUAUGCUCCUUAUAAGACUCUAACUAAUGCCUGAUGAUCUGAGGUGGAACAGUUUCAUCCUGAAACCAUCCCCCACAACCAAGUCAGUGGGAAAAUUGUCUUCCACAAAACCAAUCCCUAGUGCCAAAAUGGCUGGGGACUGCUGUGUUAACUUACAUGUCAUUAUGCACAUUGCUGUAUAAAUGCCCUGGCCUUUCCACAAGCUGUAGCCUGCUGGCCACAGAGAUAAUAGAAAGAGCCUGGGUGCUCAGGAGGUGGUUAUCUGAGGUCUGUCACAGGUUCCCCUUUCUUUGUCUCCAGAGAUGCCUCUGUUCACAGCUUCUCAUCACACUCAAAACCCAAUGCCUGCUUCCCUUUUUUUCAAAAGCAGAGUGUGUGGCAAUGGGUCUCUGAGGAAAUCCCUAACACUGUGGUUGGGGAGGGUGUGGUGGGUGGAACCCACACUGUGACUUACUCAACCGUGAGAUCUUAACUGUGUGGCCCCAGAGCCACUGUGCUUCUGAGCGGCAGUGGUGACAGCCAUGGCGGCACAGCUUAGAGCCUGGAAUGCUGCAGCUAACUCGGGUCGGGAAAAUGCGACAGCGACUGCCCACUCGAGGUCGUCAUGGCGACAGCCAGUGAACGUGUUCCUCUCCUCGGGCAGGCCUCCGAGUGUAGAGGAGCUGCUUCGAGAGGCGCAGCUCAAUCUCCAGAGCCUGUUGCAAGAAGAAUAUGAGGAACAGUACUCGGAGGCCAGACUUCUGGGGCAGACCUUUCGCUCUUCUGAUGAGGCCCCUGAGCCCACCCCCAACCCAAGGCCCCAGUCUGCCAGGCGUCUGGAGUUUGUAUUGAUGCCUACAAAACGGCAGCUGAGUGAGGAUGAAACUACCACCCAGGGUGUGAGGGCCCCCGAGGCCUCCCUGAGCCUGUCUACCACAGCCGACAAGCAAACUGCCUGGAAUAGCUUCUUCCCUCUGCCCAUCCUAGAGGAGAAGCGGUGGCCUCAGCCUUGCUCCACACAGUCUGACAUUGUGCCCAUCAACAUCUCUGGGCAGCAGUUUGAUAAACAUGCAAGUUUGCGACACUCAUUGUUUAACACAGAGACAGCCGUGAACCCCAAGUCCACCCUGAGGCGGAGGCGGACCAUUAUUGGAUUCUCUAACUUUCCCCAGCGAGACCAAGGUCACAGCCACAGCCCAGCAGGCAGUGCGGCCCACUCGACCACCUCCGACAUCAGGCCCAGUCACUCAGUUCCGGAAGGGGUUCAUGGAAGAGUUGCAGUUGGUCACUACGCUCGGUUCCCAAGUCUUACCUCGCCAGUACUGAGAACUCCUUCCAGUGAGCCAGACGAACCUCACCAGGCACAGAGUGGCCCAAACCCUCCUGGCAUGGAGAGCAUGGGAAUGGUGUACAGUGUCCCCACUUCUUGCAAUGGACCUACAGAAUCAACCUUCUCCACUUCCUGGAAGGGAGAUGCUUUUACCUACAUGACUCCAAGUGCCACCAGCAAGAGCAAUCAAGUCAAUGAAAGUAGGAAAAAUCCUUCCUGCGGGAAUUCUUGGGUCUCUGUGAACACAGUCCCACCUCUGGUUCCUAAGGAGGCUGCUACUCUCCUUGUUGCUCGUGAUAACCCAGCAGGAUGCAGUGGGUCAGCUGGCUACCCUGAGCGCCUUAUUCAGCGAAGGCACAUGCCAGAAAGACCCUCCAAGAUUGGCCUUCUGACCAGUGGGACCUCGAGGCUGGAGACAGGCCCCGGUGGAGCCAGCAGAUUCCGGGAGCGGUCACUGUCUGUGCCCACAGACUCAGGCACCGCAGAUGUUGACUAUGAUGAGGAGCAGAAGGCCAGUGAGGCCUGUGCCUUGCCUUUUGCCAGUACGAGCUCUGAGGGCAGUAACAGUGCUGACAACAUCAUCUCCCUUAGUGCCCAACAAGAGGCCCAGCACAGAAGGCAGAGGUCCAAGAGUAUCUCACUCAGGAAGGCCAAAAAGAAGCCUUGCCCACCCACACGCAGUGUCUCACUAGUCAAAGAUGAGCCAGGCCUCUUGCCUGAAGCACUAUCCAAGGACCAGAGGCCCAAGAGUCUUUGCCUCUCCUUGGAACACCAAGGACAUCACUCGUCCCACCCAGAUGCUCAGGAUCACCCAGCUGUGCCAAACCUCAAAGAUCCAGAAGGUACACAAUUCUCCCACCACUGGUAUCUUACUGACUGGAAGUCUGGUGACACCUACCAAUCCCUGUCCAGCUCCAGCACUGCCACCGGCACCACAGUCAUUGAGUGCACCCAAGUUCAGGGCAGCUCAGAGUCUCUUGCCUCGCCUUCCACCUCCAGAGCCACUACACCUUCCCAACUCUCCAUCGAAGUGGAAGCUAGGGAGAUAUCCUCCCCAGGAAGGCCCCCGGGACUGAUGUCACCCUCCAGUGGCUACUCCAGCCAGUCAGAGACACCAACUCCCACUGUUUCCAUGUCCUUGACCAUGGGCCACUUACCCCAUCCAAGCAGCAGUGUCCGAGUACGUCCAGUGGUACCUGAGAGGAAAUCAUCACUACCCCCAACGUCACCAAUGGAGAGAUUUUCCAAGUCACGGCUAUCAUUUGACCUACCACUGACCUCUUCACCCAACCUGGAUCUGUCUGGGGUGAGUAUCUCCAUCCGAAGCAAAACCAAGGUGAGUCGGCAUCACUCAGAGACAAAUUUUGGUGCCAAACUGGCCCAGAAAACUAGUCCCAACCAGCCAGUGAUGCCUAUGGUUACUCAGUCCGACCUACGUUCUGUUCGCCUGAGGUCGGUCAGCAAGUCUGAGCCGGAAGAUGACAUUGAGAGCCCUGACUGUGCCGAGGAAACCAGAGCAGAAGUCUUCACCUUGCCAGAGAGAAAGAUGAAACCUCCUGUAGCUGAGAAGCCUCCAGUGGCCCGAAGGCCUCCAAGCUUGGUCCACAAGCCACCAUCUGUCCCCGAGGAGUACCCACUAACUUCACCAACCUUGGCUAUGCUCCCCAGGAGCUCAAUUCAACAUGCGAGACAACUCCCUCAAGACAGCUACACGGUGGCGCGGAAACCAAAGUCCUCCAGCUUCCCAGAUGGCAGAAGCCCAGGGGAGUCAACAGCACCCUCAUCUCUUGUUUUCACGCCUUUUGCCAGUUCCUCUGGUGCUUUCUUCUCAGGAACACAGCAGCCUCCCCAGGGAAGUGUGGAGGACGAGGGCCCCAAGGUGAGGGCCUUGCCUGAAAGAAUUAGCCUCCAGAGCCAGGAAGAAGCUGAGAAAAAGAAAGGCAAGAUUCCACCUCCCGUACCAAAAAAACCCAGCGUGCUGUACCUGCCUCUCACCUCUCCCACAGCUCAAAUGGAGGCCUGUGUGUCAGAACCAAGGCUCUCUCUCAGCCCCAUCAUCACACUGGAGGAAGACGCCAAGUGUCCCCCAGCUGGUGAUGACCUGCAAUCACCUGGUCAAAGGGUGACUUCAACUCCGCAGGCUGACAGUGAAAGGGAGGCAAGCCUUCUGGGGAGCUCUGUGGAACAAGGCACCGAAGAAAAAAGUUUAAUCAGUGAUAAAACAGCCGAAUGGAUUGCGGAGGAUGAUGAUGACGUGUUUGUGGCUUCACGCACAACUGAAGAUUUAUUUACCGUGAUACACAGGUCCAAAAGGAAGCUGCUCGGCUGGAAGGAACCUGGUGAGGCCUCUGUGGGCGGCAGACCGAGCUCCCACUCACCAAUAAAGAACACAGCUGAGUUUCCAAUCAGUGAGUCUACCACCACCACAGGGUCAGGCAGCGGUGCCAACCUAGAUGCUGGCAGAAAUGACGAUUUCAAGGCCUUGCUACAGAAGAAGGGAAGUAAGGCAACUCCAAGGUCUCGUCCCUCAGCAGCUGAACUGCUGAAGACCACUAACCCACUGGCUCGGAGAAUUAUUGCACAAUUUUCAAAAGACUAUGAAACCACUGAUAACCCCAAUAUCUAAGCCCUGGGCUCAACAAGCAGGGUUUACUUACUAAAUUUGAGUAGAGAAGGGGGAAGAGAAAGGGUCUUUAAACAGAACCAAGGGAAUAACAACAGAGUCUACAUUUCUUUCACAUUAACUCAUACUCUGGACAGCAGGAGAGAGGCUGUUUUAUCUAGAGCUAAAAUCAUCUGGCACUUAAUCAUCCUCAGACAUUUUUAUGUUUUCAUACUUAUAAGCUCAUCAUGACUGACUCCCGAGUUUCUUCUUACUUUCCCCCAGUGGUGUGCACUAACUAAGAAGAAAUUUUCAGAUGCCAGGGCACAUGUGCCAGUUUUUCAAUUCAAUGACCCGGCUGCUCCAUCCCUGGCCUCUGUCACUGAGGAGUGCAGUGUGAGAGCAGAUUGGAGGCUGCCAAACCUGGGGGGCGUAGGGUGCCAUUGCUCAUUAUUCACUUUCCUGGGGAGGCUCUGAUGGCUCUGUGUACAAAUACAGAAAGACUCUGAUGCCUCCUCAACCACAGUUUAGCUUUCCCCUGCACUUGUGAGAGGUUUGCAGGGUAUAGUUAUUUCCGCAUGGGGUUGAUUGGAUGGCUUCUGUGGUGCAAAAUAUGACUGUGACUCCGUCCAGAAACUUAAUGCCUUUUUCAGUUUGAUUGUCUACAUGGAGAUCAGGGUGAUGAGUUUCAACAAACAUAUAGACCCCCCCCAUUAGCUAGAAAAGACCAGGACUGGGUUGCUUUGAAUGAACCAAGCUUGACUGACAAACAAGACAGCCAUUUGUUCACUCAGAUCUAGCCGAGGUAACUCACAAGUGCACCUUGAUAUCCUCCAUGUGUCUGUCAACAGUGAUAGACAAGAUCUGUGCCCAGCUCAUGCUGCAUUCUAAGAACUCUCAUUUCAUUUGCAUAUAACAUUCAUUACAGGGAGUGAUUAAUUGAAAGAACAGCAUCAGCAAAGGCUCAAGGAGAAUGGAAAGUAAGUGCAUCUUGCUCCUCACCAGUCAAUUCAGAUCAUGGUUUGCGGUUGGUUUGGUUUUGUUUAAAGGAAGUCUGACUCUGUUCCAAAAACCGAGAACAUAUAAACUGAAAGGAUCUAUCCAAACCCUAAAAUGCAGUCUUGCCAGUUGCUAUGGCCCACAAUGCACACACACACACACACAAAGGGCUACUUUUUGCCAUUGGGGUUCUGCUGUUUGACCAGCUUUCAACUAACCUUGCAGGGGGAGAGCAUAAGAACCUGGGUAAAUGGCAUACUGAAAGAGCUUCAGAAUAAAUCAUUGUGACCUCACACCACCCCCACCCCCAUGAAGCUCACAGGCACUAACUAUUCUUGUCAGCUCAAUUUUCUAAGCAGAGCAAGAGCAGUGAUUCAUUUGAUUUUUGUAUGCCUGAUUUCUGGGAGGUUGCGGAGGGGGGAGACAAAGCACUGAGCAAAGAAAAUCUGCUGAUCAGUGAUGGAAGGUUAAUUGUCUAUCGUCUUCAAGAGGCAAAAAGAACAGUCGAAUGAAAUCAUAGCGUGCUUCACAAAGAGGGUUCCCUGGCCCCUUCCUACUUCACCCCCCACCCAACAGAUUCAAUGGUCACCCUCUUGGAGGAUGCAGUAAGAGUUCCAGAGAUAGGCAGAUCUCAACUUUGAUAGGUCGUAUUGCCCAAUGAGAAUCUAUGUCAUAGCUCAACUGCCCACACUCCAGCUGGACCGAGCAGCUGAAAAACCACACUAAGUACUGAGAAAACUUCUCUCACAAGAGAAGCCCUAGGCCUAGACCCUUUCUUGUUAGAGUUCUGAAUCUGAGAUUUAGGGAAGCAGGCCAGGUCCCCCGAACUCCCUUGCAAUCAGUACUUCUUUCUGAUUUAGAAAGAAGACACUUAAAAUAAUAAAUAGCUAGGCCCAGUUGCUUUUGAAGGUAUUGGAACUACUUGGUGUGAAGGUCUUAACCAAAUUCCAAAUUUUAGGGAUUUUGCCUGAAAUAAAAUCAAUUCAUCCUUGGCCUCAGUUUAUAUAUGAAUGCCACAUUUGUCUGCUCCAGACUCAGAAUUCCAAAAAACAAACAUUUUCCUCUGUAGAAAAUGAAGGGGUGUUUGUGCUUUUGCAUAGCAAAAGCGAAAGAACACCAGGGUCUGCUCCUUAGGAACCAUUAUGAGUAGUUAAACUUUAAAGCUGAGUAUGGGACUCACAUAAUAUAGGCCUUGCUACUUCUGCUGACUUUUCUGGAAGUUUCUUGUUUACUACUUCUAGUGGGUUUUGCCUUUCCCCUCACCUUGCUACCUCUGGAGGUUUUCCCAAAAGAUUCUAAAACUGAAUGCUCAGACAUCUUUUUGUUUGUCAUUACCUUUAGUCUUGCCUUCCUCUACAAUACCCUAUAUGCCUGGAAUUUUUAGAGUGUCUUCUACAUCAUCACUGUGCCCCACCCAGUGGUAUUCCCAUUAGCACAAGAGGAUUCAGGGCAGAAAUCGUAUGGUUAGAGAGAAUGUUUAAGACUGAAAGUAUUCAUUUAAAUUUUAAACUAAUUUCUUGUAAAGAUGGGGUCUUUCUAUGUUGCCCAUGCUGGUCUUGGACCCCUGGGCUCAAGCAAUCCUCUUGCCUUGGCCUCCCAAAGUGCUGGGAUUAAAGGGGUAAGCCAUUGUGCCUGGCCUCAUUUAAUAUUUUGCAACAGGUAGACAUAGCCCCAAAUAAAGAAUCAAACUGUAAAACAUCUACUAAUCAUUGAUUAACAGAAUACCAAGAAUCUUCCCCACUCCUAACACUCAACCUCUCUCCUGCCUCUGAUUAUCAUAACACCACUGUGUCUCCCACCCAGGCGCUUACCACAAUGUUUGCUGCCUUCUGCACCUACUCUGCCACGACUGGAGAAGAGAGGCUGAAAGCCCCUCAGGAAGGCUUACAGAGAACCCACCACUACUACAAUUACUAGUACAAAUGAUAAUGAUAAUAAUUUUUGAAUGUAUAAUAGAGAAGAGAUUUGAGUGAAAUGAAGUUGGCUCUAGAAGGUCAGCUUCCAUUUCAAGUCAUCCGUACCCCCUUUUCUCCUCCCCAUUCCAACCAGUAGCAACAGAUGGCUCUGCUAGCCUGACUUUGAUCUAGUCACUAUCCCUGGAGAGAAGGUUAAUUGGUAACCAAGGAUGCUUUGCAUUUGGUGGAUAGUCAGUACAUGUUUGUGAGGGUAGUUAUUCUUAGUACAAUAGCAAGCUUUGCUGGUGUCUCCUCUCCUUUGCCUGCACAGCUUGGCCUGCCUUAGCUCCUGACUGGGCCUCCCCACCACCCCAGCCCCAGCUUCUCUCUCAGCCCCAAAUCCCAUGAAUUGCAUCCCUAGACAACAACUCACCCAUAAAGGAAGUGAGACAACAGGAAGCAAAAUAAUUAGUGUUAGCAUAAUAACCACAAACUGACCAGUUGAUCUGGAUAAAUUACCUUGAACGUACAAAGACAGAGGAGAUCCUACCAGGCUCUCCUAACAAGCAUUGCACCUGACAUCCAGUGUAACUAUCUAGACAACACAGACCCUAUUGCAGUUUUCUCCAUUCCUGUCAGUCUGAGCAGGUCCAGGCACCUGCCCUCUUCCUCAUCAAUGAACAAUUCGGGAAAAAGACGAGUUGAUGCUCAGUACUCUGUUCCUCACUCAUUCAGCCUUCCAUUAUCGUCAAGUCUGUGACACAAUGGUGAGCUUUCGCUUUAAUAUGAUUUGCUCGGGCCAGGACUAGGGUGAGGUGAGCGAGGCGCCUAGGGCACAAAAUUCAAAGAGGUGCCCACUCUCAGGACCAUGCAAGUGCCUUACCCUCGUCCCAGCCCUGUGAUUUGCACUCUUUAAGGUAAUAUCAGUUUAUCUUCUUCCUAUGAACAAGUAUAGUCCUGAUUUGGGAUGGGAGGUAACUCCCUAUCUCUUGUUGCACCAAAUAUUUUAUUGCUAUCUAUUUUUCCAUUGCCAUAAGUCUUUGUAUGCCUAUACAUUAAAGAAUCUUUAGUAGUGUUAAUAUCGGAAAACAUAGUUGAUUUCUAAGUAAUCUGCUCCAGGUGGCAAGUUAACACCCAUUUCAGUAGGGAUGCUCCCAGGGCCAGCCCUUCAACAAAAGAGUGACUGAGUUGAGGUCUGUCACCAGGAUCCUCCCUCUCCUCUUUCUGCUCCAUUCUCCCCAAACUUCGCUUCCCAGCACCAACUCUCCUCAGUGCCUCCUACUUCGUUCUCCACCUCUCUAAGAAAAACACGCUCUCAGGAAAGGGAUAAAUUCAUUUACUUUGAGAUUAUAAGGCUUAAUGCUACCUCUUUUGAGGGUCACUUGCAUUUUAACAGGGGAAAAGCCUUAAGCCAAAGGAAUGAGGUUCUACUUGCAGGAUGUUAGGCAUCAACUAGUUGUAGAAAUGUAUUUUUCACCAUGGAAAGGCCAAAUUCCCUGACGCCUAACUCCAGAAUAUAGAAAAUAUCUUAAUCACCUGGAAUCAUUUGAGUUAAUAGCUGAUGGUCAAUUAAAUUGUCCUGAUACCCAAUGCUAUUCAAUAUGGUUACUACCAAGGGACUCUCAGAAAUGGCUACUAAAGCCACUGAGAAUGCCUAGAUCAUUCAUACUGUACAUUGACAUUUUUACAUAAAUGGAAGUAAUACUACUUACCAUUUGAGUAAAAGAAUACAAGGAUUUAAAGAGUCUGUGAAAAUGUGUCCUGUUUGUGAAAGGUGAAACUGUCCAAUCCAUGUCCAAUGUCAGUCGUCCAGUACUGGUGGUGAUUAUUAAACUUAUUGGAGGUACAACUUUACUGAACACAAGCUUCUGCUUUCCCCACUUCAUCUCUGUUAUGGGCUAUCAGUUCAGCUUCGUGUAAGAAUGAGACUAUAUCUAUACCAGAGCCCCCAGUCCUUUCAAAGCCUUUGAUGUAUUUCAGCAACAAGUGACAAGGAUAUCCGGGAUUUAAAAGGGCAAGAGAGUGGGAAAGAGGUAUAAGGAAGUGCCUUUGUCAAGAGGCAGCAAAAAGUAUAAUGAUAUAAACAUAAUAUGAAAUAAGCAAAGUUUUAGAAUACUUUGAACAGAUUUAUAGAGGAAUACAUAGUAAAUGGUUAUAGACACACAUCUGGGGCAUUUUUAAUAAGGUUGGCAGGAAGAAAUUCGCAUGAAUAAUGAGCAAUGUGAAAUGGGCAUUAUACUUUUGCUCAUUAAAGCCCAAAAUCUAGGCCAAUGGUUCUCAAAGUGCAGUUCCAGAAGCAGCAACAGCAGCAUCCCUGGAGUGACUGUGUGUGUGUGUGUGUGUGUGUGCACGCGUGUGUGUGUGUGUGCUAUGUGUGUGCAUUCCAAUGAUGUUACUCCUUCAAGCCCCUGAAUCACUAUAGCCAUCACUCUCCAACUGAUCCCAACCUUUCCCAUUAUUUUGGCUCUCAUUACAAUGACCAGUCUCUGGCCAAGACGUGUAUGUUGUCAUCUUGGUCAGGCAUAUGUUUGUUUGGUUUUAAGAAAUUGUUAGAAUAAGGACUCUCAUGUUUUAUGGGACUCUGGUGCAUAUGCUCAAAAAAAUAAAUAAAAAACAACUUAUCAUAUUGGAUCAACUAAUUGCUCAAUGUGCAAAAUCUUUGAUUUGACUUAGCCAGCACAUCUGGCCUGCUUUGGGUUAAAAACAAAUUUUUUUUUAACUCACAAAUGGAAAAAAGAGAAAAGUGUUAGGUUUGUUUGGCAUUGCCAGCUCUUAAAUACCUGUCUUCACCAUGGUGGCUGUUCUCCAGUAAGGCUCUGGCAGAAGUAUAUUUGAUUUUAAGACUUUUGCCUAAAUAGUGGGAUCUGAUAGCAACGAACUCAAAAACAAAAUCUGAACUGGAACAACUAGUUAACCCCUCUCAGCCUCUUUGUAAUGCCAAGCUUUAUAGACAUUUAUUCCUUA